GUUUCAUCAGCUGUUACGGUGCUCUUUGCUGUGUCAUUGGGCCAUCUUCAGUCAGAGGCAGAGUAGCUGAAGCUCUUCCCUCAGAAGCAGCACUUUUGCUGGGCAGGGUCAAGCCAGAUACUACAGGCACCAAUGUCAAUGAAGGCUGUGUGUGUUCAUGAAACAACUGCUGUAAUAUAGCCCCCCACUGUAGUUAAGAGUGCCCCUUUGUUUGAAGUCACCAGCCACCCCUGGUAUACAGGCAUUCGGUCAACAAUGGAGAAUAAUGAACUAUCCUUGCAAUCCAAGUCAGAACUACAACAGAGCCCACAACUUGUAGGUGCCGAUGUGAUAACAGCUGAUGCAAGCAACAUAAUAAAACCUGCAGUAGAUGAGGUUGCAACAGAUGUCACUUUGACAAAACCACCCAUAAGUGACACUGCAAAAACAAAUGAUGUAACCGUUAAACCGAGUGAAAUGGAAGUAGGGAGAAAUGCUGCGGAAAAAAUACUUGCAAAUGAGGGUGGGGCAGAUGCUUCAAAAAAUUUGACAAAAGCCCUUGUGAGUGACACACUUGUAAGCAAGUCUGUGAAAACAGAAGAUUCAAGCAGUGAGUCAAAACAACUUGAAAGUGAGUCCUUGACAACAUAUGAUUCAAAGAAUAUAACAGACCUACCUGCAAAUGAGGUGAUAUUAAGUGAAGUCCUGAAAGAAGAUGUUUUAAGUAAUAUGAUAAAACAAGUAUGUGAAAACCCUGCUUUGGAAAUCAAAACAGAUGAAAAAGAUACUGGUGCAAAGCAUGAUAACACUACUUGUGACAUUUCUGAGGAACUUGGGCGAAAGCUGGAGGAUAUUAUUAAGGCAUACGGACCUGCCACAAGUUUAGAGGAGCAGAAAAGUACUGGUAUGAGCACGGAAGAGGCGGAUAAAGGAGAAAGCAUGAGCAUUGAAGACGGCGAGCCUGAAGACAUAAACGGGGAGGGUGAAAAGGAGACACCACCAACUGGUGAAUCGCUGGCAGCUCUGGAUGUGAAUAAAGAACAAAAAUUGGAAAAGAAAAUAAUUAAAAGUCUAGGAAAGGAGGGUACUCUGUUGUUACAGAACCUGAACAAACUCAGCACUCCUGAGGAGAAGCUGGAUGCAUUGCUAAAGAAGUAUGCAGAACUGUUGGAGGAACAUCGUGCCACACAGAAGCAGAUGAAGGUGCUGCAGAAAAGACAGGCCCAGAUCCUGAAAGAGAAGGACCAGCUUCAGAGUGAACACAGCAGAGCCAUCCUGGCUCGCAGCCAGCUGGAGAGUCUGUGUCGGGAGCUGCAAAGGCACAACAAAACACUCAAGGAAGAAACUAUUAAGAGAGCUCGGGAAGAUGAAGAAAAAAGAAAAGCAAUAACCUCUCAUUUCCAGAUCACCCUGUCAGAUAUACAGGUCCAGAUAGAGCAACACAGUGAAAGGAAUACAAAGCUGUGUCAGGAGAAUGCUGAGUUGGCUGAAAAACUGAAAAGCAUCAUUGAACAAUAUGAGCACAGGGAGGAGCAAUUAGAGCACCUUUUUAAGCACCGGGAUUUGCAGCAGAAGCUAGCAGAUACAAAACUUGAACAAGCUCAAGAAAUGCUGAAGGAGGCUGAGGCACGUCAUCUGCGAGAAAAGGAAUAUUUACUGACCCAGGCUGCGGAGUGGAAACUGCAGGCAAAGGCCCUGAAGGACCAAGAAACUAUACUUAAAACUCAGCUGAGUUUAUACACAGAAAAGUUUGAAGAUUUCCAGAAGACACUGGCAAAGAGCAAUGACGUUUUUGCUACCUUCAAAAAAGAAAUGGACAAAAUGACAAACAAAAUGAAGAAGUUGGAAAAGGAGACCCUUACAUGGAAGUCUAGGUUUGAGAAUUGUAAUAAAGCUCUUCUAGACAUGAUUGAAGAGAAAGGAGUAAGAAACAGAGAAUAUGAGUGUUUCCAAAUGAAGAUCGAAAGACUAGAGAAACUAUGCCGUGCAAUGCAAGAAGAGCGAAAUGAGUUGUACAAACGAAUUUGUUCAGCUAAAGGGAACAGGGAACAGAGAGAAGAUGAAGAGGAAGAGGAAGAUUUACUUGAAGGCAAGCCAAACAGUAGUUAUACUCCUGUCUUUGGAGAAGACCUGCUAAGCUCAAUAACAACAUCUGAUCUAUCAAAUGAAAAAGACUUACUGGGUCAGAUGCCUAGCAUGAGUUCUGCUACUAUUCUUGAACAAAACUUGCUAAAGUCAGUACCAACAGCUAAUCUACUUGAGAAAAAGGAUUUGCCUGAAGACAAGACAAGCAUGAGAUCUCCUCCUGUCUCUGAGCAAGACAUACUGAAAUCAGUCCCAGCAGCUGAUCUGCUGAAGAACCUUACAUCUUCAUUCUUAGUUGUCCAUUCAGGAGAGAAGCCCCCAUCUACAUCUUCUGCUGACAUAAGCUUCACUAUGCAGACAUCUGAGAAGGGUGCAGCUGUUCCUUCCUGUGAGGCAGAGAUACCAUCACAUGUUCAACAUCUGAACUCAGAUCUCUGUGAACACCAAGUCUUUAUCCCUCAAACCACAGAGGCUAUAGAGGCUGCAAACAGGAAUUCAGCUACUGGGCAACAUCCAGAGCUGUCUCCUUUGCCCAGUGAACAACAGUCAGAACCCAGUCUGCUAUCUAAGCCAGUGACACCUGUUAGCCAGAGUACAAAAGAACAAGCUGAAACAGCUGACACACUUGUCAGUGAUCUGUCUCUGCAAGAGACCCCAGAUCCUGACAUGGAAUCUGUUGAUUAGCAAGGACUGAAAAGCACACUUACUCACCUGACUUAUUUUUUUUUUAUCUGACAAGCAGUUUUGUUGACUGAUGAAACUGUAGUUAACAGAAUAGUAUUCACUAAAAAAUAUUGUGACUGUUGAAUAAAAGUGUUCUUUUAGUAGUUAAACUUUGCAAAUGUUAUUUUUUUCAGAUCUGAGCAUACUUUUUAAAGCUAUUGACUUAAAAUGAUAAUAAAACUACACUCUCCAGUGUGAAUAAAAUUUCAUUAGAA